ACGUCAGUAAGCACACAGGGAUGGCCGCGCGCCCCUAUCGGACCCGCGCCGUCUCCUAGCACCCUCUCAUCCCCCCACAUCAACUCGGCAUGGUUUUUAUAUGGCCCUUCAUUCAUGCCUUUCUGGCGGCGCUGAUCACCACCUGGGACGUAUUACCACCAACCUCGAAGGCUUACGAUUUGGUUCCCAACCACAUAGUGGCCAAGUUGGGGAAAAAUACCACCUUUGACCGCGUGGUAAAGGAGUGGGUACGGGACACAUGGCGGUGGGGAGAGCCAUCCCUCAAUCCCAGCAUUGCCUUGACAUGGGUGAAUGGUAUCAACUACACGAACGAAGAAAUGGAGGAACAGGCCCGGUUCUUGUCCUCCUUGUUCGGGUGCCGUGUACGCCCUUACUACAACCCGUCUUUGGGCUGGUGGCUGCGUGACCUGACGCGCGUUAGCUAUAUGUACAUCCGUUCGCCCACGGAGGACCCGGUCGUGACGGGCCUGGCCAGACACCUCUCUCGUGUGCUCUUGGAGGUGGGUCCCAAGGGUCGUGUCAUUCACUUGGCGCACAGCGGCGGUGCCUUGCUCACUUACCUUGUAGCUAAGUACCACUUGAAGGAGACCGACAGGCGCCGAAUCGACGUGUUGAAUUUUGGAGGGGCGCGAAGCAUCACUCAAAAGUACUUUGGAAAGGCCACCAACUACUACGCACGGAACGACCCCAUUCUCCUGGUGAAUCGCCGCGCCAUGAAUCUGAUGCAGCAGCUGUUGAAUGAGAGCGCGGACGGGGAGGUGAUCUACCUGAAGCACAACACCUCCUUCGUCUUCCUCCAGGGCCGGGCGGGGGAUGCCCUCACGGACCACUCCUUCAUCGGGCCCACCUAUCUCAUGGCGCUUAACAAAGAGGCCGCAGUAUUCCGCCGCUCCUACUACCGGCCAUACUGGCUGGACGGGCUCAUCAUAGCCAAGCCCCCGGACAUGGGGUGGGCGCGCUUCGUCCGCAAGCGCGUCGCCGCCGCCACGGGCUUCCACAACUACUUCUCCAACUCGACCUUGGUCCGCCUAUAUUAUGGAGAGGACAAGGGGAGGAUGACGAUACCUCGGCCUCGGCUCGUUCGACCACCAGCAGUGAUUUCAGCUCGUUUUCGAGCCAUCAUCGUGAUCAGCAACAGCAUCCGCGGCACCCUCAGCCGCCAUUAA